AUGCCGCAGCUUCUGGGGGAGGUGGGCACUGUCCUGAACGAAGGAGCUUUCCUCCAUCCCGUCCCUGCGCCCAUUCUCCCGCAACUUGGUGUCCUGAUCUUCAGUUAUUUGCAGAAUGAAAGUAUGCGUGUAACACACGAUAGGCUCUGUGCAAAAGAGCACUUGAGGAUCAGAGAAAGCUUUGUGCAAGAGGCGACAGUUGAAAGGAGUCGUUUUGUAGGCUGUAGUACCUUGAACGAGAUGACAGCCAUCUCCCCAGACUCUCAAACUCUGGCCUCAAGUGAACCAAACAAGGUCCUAAGAAUGGAUACUCCUGGGGAUCAAGAAGCUAUCCGGAGAGGAGACACGACUGACCCAGAGACUUUCAGACAGAGGUUCAGGUGGUUUUGUUACUCCGAAGUGGCUGGACCCAGAAAAGCCCUGAAUCAGCUCUGGGAGCUCUGCAUUCAGUGGCUGAGACCAGACAUCCACACGAAAGAACAGAUAUUAGAGCUUUUGGUGUUUGAGCAAUUCCUGACUGUUUUGCCUGGGGAGAUCAGGAUUUGGGUAAAGUCACAACAUCCUGAGAAUAGUGAGGAAGUGGUGACCCUCGUAGAGGAUUUGGCCCAAACACUUGAAGAAAAGGAAGAUCCAGCUCCUCAAGAGUCUGUUAUUUCCCAAGAAGAGAACCCUGAAGAAAAUAAAAUGGUUUCUGUCCUUCCAAGCGCUGAGUCCCGGGAAUCCAUAACAUUCAAGGAUGUGGCUGUGAACUUUUCCAGAGGAGAGUGGAGGAAACUGGAGCCUUUUCAGAAGGAGCUCUUUAAGGAAGUGCUACUGGAAAACUUUAGGAACCUAGAAUUUCUGGGCUUUGCAGUUUCCAAAUUAGAUUUGAUUUCCCAGCUUAAGUGGGUUGAACUGCCAUGGCUGCUGGAAAAAGAAGUCUCAAAAGGCUCCAGACCAGAUGCUCUCCUGGAUGAAUCAACUUUAAAUAAAAUAAUAGAAAGAUGCCUAAUGGGUGGGGAUCAUGGCUUGAUGGGAGAAUCCCGGAAGCGUAGCAGUAAGGAACAUUCACAAGGCGCAGUCACACAAAAGAAAUCUCAUGGGAGAGGCAGUAAGGGUGAGGAAUUUGACCCAGAAAAGAGCCCCUUUGGAAGUAAUUUCAAACAAACCUCGGACAUAAUUAAACAUCUGAGAGUCUACUUAAGGAAGAAAUCUCGGAAGUAUAACGAAUGCAAGAAACCCUUCAGUUUUCAUUCAGACCUUAUGAACCGCAAAGAGCACACUGGAGAAAAGCCACGGAAAUGUAACGAAGGCAGGAAAGGCCUAGGUCACUCUUCAUCUCCUAAUGAACAUCAGAAGCAUCAGAAAAUCAGUAGGAAUUUGGGGAGGAAGGCCCAGAAAUGCAGUAACUGUGGGAUAGCCUUUACGCGAAGCCUGUCCCUUACUAAGAGAAGAAACUGCACUAUAUGUGAAAAAUGUUGGAAAAAUUUACAUCAAGAUGCAACCUCAGAUAAAGAUGAGGGAGCUGAGAUGGGAGAGAAGACCCACAAAUGUAGCAAAUGUGGAAAAGCCUUCGGCUAUAGUGCCUCCCUGACCAAACACAGGAGAAUUCACACAGGGGAGAAACCCUAUAUGUGCAAUGAAUGUGGAAAAGCUUUCAGUGACAGCUCAUCCCUCACACCGCAUCACCGAACUCAUAGUGGAGAGAAACCCUACAAAUGUGAUGAUUGUGGAAAAGCUUUCACCCUGAGUGCCCACCUCAUUAAACAUCAGAGAGUUCAUACUGGAGAAAAACCCUACAAAUGUAAAGAAUGCGGGAGACCCUUCAGUGACAGUUCAUCUCUUAUUCAACAUCAGCGAAUUCAUACUGGAGAAAAACCCUACACGUGUAACAAUUGUGGAAAGUCCUUCAGUCACAGCUCAUCCCUUUCCAAGCAUCAGAGGAUUCAUACUGGAGAGAAACCCUAUAAAUGUGGUGAAUGUGGAAAAGCCUUUAGACAGAAUUCUUGCCUUACUCGACAUCAGAGAAUCCACACUGGAGAAAAACCCUAUUUGUGUAAUGACUGUGGGAUGACUUUCAGCCAUUUUACAUCUGUCAUUUAUCAUCAGAGGCUUCAUUCGGGGGAAAAACCCUACAAGUGUACCCAGUGUGAGAAAGCCUUCCCUACCCAUUCGCUCCUCAGUCGUCAUCAGAGAAUUCAUACUGGUGUAAAACCUUACAAGUGUAAAGAGUGUGGAAAAUCGUUCAGUCAGAGUUCAUCUCUCAAUGAACAUCAUCGAAUUCAUACCGGAGAGAAGCCCUAUGAAUGUGACUACUGCGGAGCGACUUUCAGCCGGAGCUCAAUCCUGGUGGAACACCUAAAAAUCCAUACCGGGAGGAGAGAAUAUGAAUGUAACGAAUGUGAAAAGACAUUUAAGAGUAACUCAGGCCUCAUCAGACAUCGGGGAUUUCACUCUGGAGAGUAA